CAGGUGCAGUGUGAUGUGUCAAUAGUAGUCCAAUUAUGCCUAAACAAUUCUGCUCUAAAUAAACACCCGACCCUCGCUCUGUUAAGAACUUUUUCUUGAUUUCUGUCCAAGUUUAGUGUUGUUGUUGUUGAAAGCGACCCAGCAAUGAGGUGAUUUUUUAUAGAGUUCUUGAAAGAUGAGAUUGAAGUAUAUCAUGGCAGAAGUUGUGCAUGAAAUCUCUAUGCACAUAGAAGAAAUUUAACCAAGUCAGACUUAAAUGACAAUUACAAGGCUCUCUGCUCAGCCAGUAACCCUGUGACUACUUUACUCUUUGGAGAUGAUUUGGAUAAUAAUGUUACAGAAAUUGAGGACAGCUUGAAAAUAACAAAAAAGACUCAGGAAAUGUACACGAGUUUUCACCAGCCUGCAUCUCACCCUAAGUCCGCCUACAGUCAGAACAAGAAUGGACAGUUUUUCAACAAAGGCAAAAGGCCUUUUUUAGGAUGGAACAGCUACAAUGCAAGACAAAAAACCCAGAAACGGCCAGGGACCGUCUCAAAUUUUCAAGAAGAGACCAUACCCAAAGAAACAAUACUGAAUUUUGAUGCAGAAAGUGUUGCAGAAAAUUCAAAAGGACCAGGCAGAUGUGCUGAUCAUUGCACCUUUAUGGCCAACACAGCACUGGUUUCCAGUUCUGCUUCAUCUGUUGUGCACGGAGCCAGUGUUGUUGCCACCUACAAGGAAGAUACUCAGCCUGCCACGCCAGGAAGGACGUCAACAUUCACUAGCAAACAAACUAAAACUGAUAGCAUGCAAAUUGUCAGGAAAUGCAUGCAGGAAGCAGGCAUAUCAGGAAAAGCUCAAGAUAUUGUAAAACAAUCUAGGCCAUCAAAAAAUCAGCCUGUUAUUCCUGUGAAUUUUUUUGCAGACGAUAGUCAAAUUUGUGUGUUGUCUGCUUUAGCAGAAUAUUUAGAUAGAACUAGAUUGCUUAGGCAUUCUGGCUGUUCACAGUUGUUUAUUAGUUACACUAGACCUUAUGCACCUGUUAGUAAAGCUACAAUUUCAAGGUGGAUUAAGGCAGUCAUGUUUAAAGCUGGAAUGGAUGUAAAUAUUUUCAAAUCACACAGCACAAGAGCUGCUUCAACGAGCUUUUGCAGCUAAAGUACCUCUUGCAACAGUGAUUAGGACAGCAGGAUGGUCAAACAGUAGCACAUUUGCUAGGUUUUAUAACAGAAGCACAGGGGAUACUUGUGAUUUUGGUUCUUCUGUUAUAACAAGUUGUGUUAUUGUGUUGUAGUCCUUUGUUUAGGACUAAUAAAAGUUUAGAUCUAUA